GGACCCCCGCAGCCAUGGCCUCGCCUCCCGGGCCGCCCUCCCCGCUGCUGGUGCGGGUGUCCGAGCCCGGCCUCAACUUACGUCGGAAGCUGCAGGGCUACUUCCAGAGCCGGCAGUCGGGCGGCGGGGAGUGCGAGAUCCAAAGCCUGGGCUCCGGCGCCUACCGGGUGGAGUUCCUGGAAAGGGCAGCUAAGCAGAGAGUGUUGGAACAAAAAGAGCACAAAAUUGUGGUUGAUGACAAACGUGUGACCAUUUCCCUGGAACCCACUGAAAAUCCAUUAGAGAAGAAUGGAAUGUCUCAAGUGCAAACACAAUCACAAGAAGGGGCAAGGUCUGGUGAGAAGCAUCCAAAUGAAGAACAGAGUCCUAAUUCUGUGGAUUCCUGUGUCCAAAAGAUCUUCCUUACUGUCACAGCUGACCUGAACUGUAACCUGUUCUCUAAAGAGCAGAGGGAACACAUAACCACUCUCUUCCCCAAUGUCAAAAGAAAGGAGGGCCACGAUGGAAUUGAGACGGUGCGUGGUGACUUCAGAGAUAUUGAAAAAAUACAUGACUUCUUGAGCGAGCAACUCCUAAAAAGUGAGCAGAAACAGGAAUCAGCCCCUUUGGCAACAGAGAGGGAGCCACUCCAUCAGCAGGACCAGGGGGACAGCUGUGUUUCUCCCACUGAACCAAGAGCGAAGUCAGAAGGAAAAAGCAGUUGUUUCAAAGUUCCCUUGCAUUUAUUUAAAUACUUCACAGAUACCUCCUCUGAAAAAAUAAACUCGCUAAAGAAAAAAUAUGGUAUAGAAAUAAAAAUCCAAGAGAGUUCUCCGAAUGAGGUCUCAUUAAACUUCAUCUCAAGUCCAUCUGGUGACCUCAGAGCAGCUAAAGAUACUUUUGUCAGAGAAUUUCAGGAAAGCAUAGGCAAUAUGGAGCAGAAAUGUGUUGCAUUAGCAGACAAGAAGCAGGCAAAUAAAUUCAAGCAGGGAUUUUCUCACCAACUUAAUGACAUUUCAGCUGCCGGACAUUUUCUUGCCCCUCAAAUCUCUGAAAGUCGGGUCAAGGUACCUGUGAAAAUAAUAACUCCGACGUGGAUGAAGAAUGGAAUUGAGGUUGACACAGCUCACUACAAGCUUUUAGAAGCUGAAUUAUUCCAGGAGAUAUCAGAGAUUGAAAAAAAGUACAACAUUCAAAGUAAGAUUUUGGGGAAAGGUCAUAAAACCUGCCUUCUAUUUGAACCUAAGGACAAGGAGUUAGAUCUGUCUGUGCAUGCUUAUGCAAAUUUCAUUGAUGCCUAUCAGCAUGUUUCUUGUCAGCUGAUGAGAGAAGUUGUUUCACUGAAAUCUUUGGGCGACGAGAGAAAGGUCUUCUAUGCGAUCAAGUUUGAUGAUAACCUUAGAAAAAGACAUCCAGGUGUAGACUUUGUGGUAAAUCAAGCAUCAGUUACCUUUUUUGGAUUGCCGAAUCACGUAGCAAAGGCUAAACAAUAUGUCUUACAGACAUUAGCUGGAGAGAAAUCGAAUAAGGAUCAUGAAACACCCAUGGACGUUGAUAGUAAUGAUUCAGAAACAUUUUUACCAACAUCCCAGCCCUCUGCCAGUUCUGGGGCAUCAGGAAUGAACAAGGAAGAGGAUAUCUGUAGCAUCUGUUUGGAGUCCAUUAAGAACAAGCUAGUUCUAUCAAAGUGCAAGCACGAAUUCUGCACCCCUUGUAUCAACAGCUACAUGACAUAUAAGCCAGUCUGCCCUUUGUGCCAGACUGUUUAUGGUGUCCUAAAAGGGAAUCAGCCAGAGGGAACGAUGUCUGUCCGUUACACGAGAGAUUCACUUCCAGGUUACGAAACCUGUGGCUCCAUCGUGAUUGAUUAUAAUAUGAGAGGAGGCACACAAACAGAAGAGCACCCACGCCCAGGAAUGAAUUAUUCUGGAACACAUCGAACUGCAUUCUUGCCUGAUAACAAGGAAGGAAAGGAGGUUUUGACACUGCUUCAAAGGGCCUUUGACCAAAAGCUAAUUUUCACAGUGGGGGAUUCUCGAGUUACAGGAGCGACAAAUGUCACUACAUGGAAUGAUAUCCACCACAAAACCUCCAAGAGUGGGGGACCAGCAAACUAUGGCUAUCCUGAUCCUGAUUAUCUGAAACGCGUCAAGAAGGAGCUGAAAGAUAAAGGAAUUGAGUAAGAAGACUGAUAGAAGGAUAUUUGAGCCAAGCGCUCCAAAGAACAGUUGAAAAGGCAGAGUAAAUACCAAUCUAAAUUUCAAUGAAGAAACAACCUUUAAAAAUACUCACCUCAAGGAGAUUCGUGUAAGAGUAAGAAUCUGAUAGUCUGUCAUUUCUGAAUUGUCACUUUUUAUGGAAGAUAAAAGCCCCAAAGAUCUACCAGUAUGUGAUUUUUGCUGCAGAGGUAUUGUGCCUCAUUCUUGUGUCAUUGGUGGGGGGAAUGGAGUACUUUGUGCUCUUCAGUUGAAAUAUUAGCUGCCAGUUGAUCCUUUUUAAAUUACCAUCUCUGGGUGGUCCUUUAGUUUUUGUUGGUUGGUUGGUUAGCCCUUUAAGUACCCCAAAGGUAAAGUCCUAGUGUGAAUGGUGGAGGGGAGAUUCUUUGGUUAAGGAAAAUUAAUACACAUUUCCCUCCCUGAUGGCCAGAAAAAUGGCCAGGAGUAAAGAUUGGGCAACAUUUGCUAAUAAAUAAUAUAAGGCUAUUAUUUUUCAUGCUAUAGAGCUUGCUAUAUACAGUUGGUGCAUAAUAUAUUUUUGCUGCCUGCCUCAGGAUUCUGAUACCCCAGCAGAGGGAUAUAUACGCUCUCCAAAUUUUUAGCAGAGGCAGGAGUAAGAAGCCAUUUCUGAAGUCCUCACCACUGAUUUGGAAAACUGAGUUUCUUAUCUGGUUAUCACAUCUCAGCCUCUCUCUGAAAAUGAUGAACAAGAUGUCUUUCUCUUUUCUUAAAGAUACACACACACACACACACACACACACACACAUUUAUUUGUUGUGGACUUAUUUUGUCCCCUUUAUAAGAUCUUUAUAUCUGUAGGGUUGAUACUAUUAGUAUCCCUAUUUUAUAACAGAAAACUGAUGAAAAGAAAGGCUACCUUGACAAAGGUCACAUAGUUAAUAAGUAGAAGAGCUGGGAUUUGAAGGAGAUAGUUUGUCUGCAAGGCUUCUAUACCCCAGAGCUAUACUGCCUCCCAUAGAGGGACUUCUCCAUGGAGUGACUGAGGAGUUCCUGUUAGUCUGGGCUUCUCUCAAAAAUGCAUCCUACACAUUGCUCACAGCACCUUUCCUCCAUAGAAGUCCUAUUUGAAGAACUUAAAAAUGCAGAAUCUUUUCUUUUAGAGAGUUGAAGAAGCUUAAACUAAAAGAUAGGCCUUUAAAAAUAUUAGAUGAUACAUUGAAUUUUUGAUUAUUCAUUAAAGUCUUAACCAUUGAGAGUAGUUAUUUUGUAUCUAUUAAACUUUUAGCUAAAUUUGCAAAAAACACACACAAAAGUUUGGUUCCUGCUUAGGUCUAGAUCCUUGAUUACAAUGUAGUGUGUGCAUUGGCAUUUUAACAGUGUGAGUUGUUGGUGAGCUUAGAUUGUUGCUUUUGCUCUGUGUGAGGUAUUAUCAGCUGUAUCUGCUUCAAAUAAAGUUACAUAUUAGGAA